CAAGUAGUGGGCCCAUAGCUCUUGGGCCUGUCAUUGGGUCUAAAAAAUUAAUUUUAAAAUUAACAAAAUUGGAUAAAAUUGGAUAUCUGUGGAUAUCUGUAAAUAUUCAGUUAAGACUGGAUUUUUGUAUUUAUUCUUUCUUCCAAGUUUAAUUUUGAUUUUUUUUGUCCGAUCUCGCUGAUGGCGGAUAUUGUAAAGCAAAUCCUAGCGAAGCCGAUCCAACUCGCUGACCAGGUGGUCAGAGCCGCUGAUGAGGCUAGUUCCUUCAAACAAGAGUGCGGUGAACUUAAGGCCAAUACUGAGAAGCUAGCCGGUCUACUCCGCCAGGCUGCCCGUGCCAGCUCUGACCUUUACGAGCGACCCACUCGCCGGAUCAUUGAUGACACUGAGCAGAUGCUUGAAAAGGCUCUCUCCCUUGUCCUCAAGUGUCGAGCCAACAGCCUCAUGAAGCGCGUCUUCACCAUCAUCCCCACCGCUGCCUUCCGUAAAAUGUUCGCUCAGCUGGAUAACUCUAUCGGUGACGUUUCCUGGCUACUCCGUGUCUCCGCUCCGGCUGAAGAUCGCGGCGAUGCUGGAUACCUUGGUCUUCCCCCAAUCGCCGCCAACGAGCCCAUUCUCUGCCUCAUCUGGGAGCAGAUUGCCAUUCUCUACACCGGAUCCCUCGAAGACCGCUCCGAUGCUGCUGCCUCCCUCGUUUCCCUGGCGCGUGAUAACGAUCGCUACACCAAGCUUAUCAUUGAGGAAGGUGGUGUCGUGCCUCUCUUAAAACUUCUCAAGGAAGGCAAACCUGAGGGCCAAGAGAAUGCGGCACGUGCAUUAGGGUUGCUAGGUCGAGACUCUGAGAGCGUGGAGCACAUGAUCCACGGCGGCGCGUGUUCUGUCUUUGGCAAAGUCCUCAAAGAAGGCCCGAUGAAGGUCCAGGCCAUGGUUGCUUGGGCAACGUCAGAGCUCGUCUCGAACCACCCCAAGUGCCAAGACGUGUUCGCUCAGCACAACGCCAUUCGGCUACUCGUCGGUCACCUGGCGUUCGAAACCAUCCAAGAGCACAGCAAGUACAGCAAGUACGCCAUUGCCAACAGCAAAGCUACCUCCAUUCACCAUGCGGUGGUUCUUGCCAAGGAAAAUCCCAGCUGCUCCUCCUCCGCCUCCUUGGUCAAAGGUGUGGACGAGGAUCAGAGCUCCAUUCCCCACCCGACGGGAAAACAAAUGCCAAAUCAGAUGCACAAUGUCGUCGUCAACACCAUGGCGGUUCGGGCAAAUCCUCCAAAGAAGUCGACGAACAAUGGCGUGAUUCAGAGUAACAGUGUGAAGUCCCCUAGCAAUAAUCAGCAGCAGCAGCACCAGAAUUCGACUUCUAGCGCAUCUAAGACUCGCGAACUGGAAGACGCAACAACCAAGUGUCAGAUAAAAGCCAUGGCGGCGAGGGCGCUGUGGAAGCUGGCGAAAGGCAACUCCACUAUCUGCAAAAGCAUCACAGAGUCAAGGGCUCUCCUUUGCUUCGCUAAUCUGAUUGAAAAAGGCAACGAAGAGGUCAGAUACAACUCGGCUAUGGCUUUGAUGGAGAUCACAGCCGUUGCAGAGCAGGACGCAGACUUGAGACGCUCCUCAUUCAAGCCGAAUUCCCCGGCUUGCAAGGCUGUGGUCGAUCAAGUGCUUAGAAUCAUUGAGAUUUCGGAUUCUGAGCUGCUCAUCCCUUGCAUUAGAACCAUCGGGAACCUUGCAAGAACAUUCAAAGCAACUGAGACACGAAUGAUUGGGCCUCUGGUGAAGCUUUUGGACGAACGAGAGCCAGAGGUGACAGGGGAAGCAGCGGCUGCACUCACCAAAUUCGCCUGCACAGAGAAUUACCUGCACAAAGAUCAUUCGAGGAGUAUUAUAGAAGCUGGAGGGGGGAAGCAUCUGGUUCAAUUGGCUUAUUUUGGAGAGAGUGGCGUUCAAAUUCCGGCUCUAGAGCUGCUAUGUUACAUUGCACUCAAUGUUCCGGACAGCGAACAACUGGCUAAGGACGAGGUUUUGGCAGUGUUGGAGUGGGCUUCCAAGCAGUCUUGGGUUACUCAGCUAGAGAGCUUAGAAGCUCUGCUGCAGGAGGCCAAGGGCAGACUAGACCUUUACCAAUCAAGAGGAUCAAGGGGUUUCACUUUCAAUUGAUUCAUUGUUUCCAUUUCGAUUUUGAUGGUGAUUUCUUCUUCAACAGCGAACACAUAAUAUACCUUGUUGUUUAAAUACCACCUUUGCGGAGAUCCUUCAAGGGACCGCGCGAAACAGUACUCGAGCCAAGCGAGGAUGAUUCCAAGUUUGUCUUGUGAAACGCGUAUGAUGCAGCAGCAUCUUAGAAGCUUCAUUAAAUAAUGUAUUUCUUUUUAUGGUGUAUUUUCCUUUUGUUACUUCUUUUCUAUUUCAAACUGAAUUUGGUUUUUAAUUUUUUUUUUCUUUUUUCGUUUUUGGUUCUGCUUUGAGAUUUGCCUAUAUAGGCGUUGUACUCCUUCUUUUGAAGGUAGAGUUGAUUAAAUUAUAAUAAAGAGCUUUUGUUCUUA